AUGUUAUUGACAUCGUCACAAGUUUCGGUCCUGAUCUCUUCAGGAAUUGUUGUCUUAUGCACAGCCGCUUUAUUUCUUAGCGGAUAUGUGAUCCAGCAACGAACACUUCGCGAUCUCCGAUCAGCUAUCAAAAUCAACAGAGAGCCUCGACCGAGCCCGAAGAUCUACUUACCCGAUCGCUUUAAGAAGUCCACCACCGAGCUCGAGGAUGGAACAGUGGUCGACUUGGACGAUCCACGACUAGGGAGUCGCCGGAGGAAAAAUACUGUUGAAGAAGACGAUAUUAUCAUUGUGCGACCCACGUUCCCGGACGAGAAGUCAGAGCAACAAAAGCCAGUUAAGGCGGAACAGAAUAACGCUCAUGGGGCCGGUGUGGAGACGCCGGAUAUUGAAGACGAGGCCAUGAAGACGCCACAGAAACCGAUUAGUCGGGCCGAGAGGAGACGACAGAUAAAAGAGGAAAUCCGACGCUUGUCAGAAGGCACGGAACGGGUUUACUACCAGAGACGACUGUGGUAG